ACGGAGGCGCACAGAGACGCGACUUCUGCGCGCUGCGGCUCAGCGUCCCUCUUCUUCUCUCCGGUGCUUCACGGAAACAAACGGCUCGUUGACGCUUCGUUGCAAGGCUUUCUGUUUAUCCCUCCUUUCCCCCUUUGUCUCGGUUCCUCUCAUGCCGCCGUUAAGGCGCUGGAUAGGGGGCGGUUUGUGAUCGACCAAGCAGCAGCUCGAUGAAUAUGGCGUUUAUCGGGGACGCAGACCCCUUCACCGCUGCGAUACCUGCCACCAAAGUUGAACUCACGGUUUCUUGCAGAAACCUGUUGGAUAGAGACACGUUCUCCAAGUCUGAUCCAAUUUGUGUCCUGUACACUCAAGGAAUAGCCAACAGGGAAUGGAGAGAGUUCGGCAGGACAGAAGUCAUAGACAACACCCUCAACCCCGACUUUGUCCGAAAAUUCAUUCUGGACUACUUCUUCGAGGAGAGGCAGAAUCUACGCUUUGACCUGUAUGAUCUCGACUGCAAGAGUGACAACCUCUCUAAACACGACUUCCUGGGCCAGGCUUUCUGCACUCUGGGUGAAAUAGUCGGCUCCCUGGGAAGCCGCUUGGAAAAACCUUUGAUUGGGAUCCCAGGGAAGAAAUGUGGCACCUUCAUAGUGAGAGCAGAAGAGCUGAGCAACUGCAGGGAGUCAGUGAUGCUCCAGUUUUGUGGCAAUAAGCUGGAUAAGAAGGACUUCUUUGGGAAAUCUGAUCCGUUUCUCGUCUUUUACCGCAGUAACGAGGAUGGAUCGUUUACCAUCUGCCACAAAACAGAAGUGGUGAAGAAUACUCUGGAUCCAGUGUGGCAGGCUUUUAAAAUUCCUGUCAGAGCGCUGUGUAAUGGAGACUAUGACAGGAGCAUUAAGGUGGAGGUAUACGAUUGGGACAGAGAUGGAGGCCACGACUUUAUCGGCGAGUUCAGCACCAGCUACAGGGAAAUGUCCAGAAGCCAGUCACAGUUUCACAUCUAUGAGGUGCUAAAUCCAAAGAAGAAAGGGAAGAAGAAGAAAAAGUACUUGAACUCAGGAACGGUCACCCUCCUGUCCUGCCUGGUGGACACUGAGCUGUCCUUCCUGGACUACAUCAGAGGCGGGACUCAGAUUAAUUUCACAGUGGCAAUUGAUUUCACAGCAUCAAAUGGCAACCCGUCCCAGCCCACCUCGCUCCAUUACAUGAGCCCAUACCAGCUGAAUGACUAUGCUAUGGCGCUGCGGGCUGUCGGAGAGAUCAUCCAGGACUAUGACAGCGACAAGAUGUUUCCUGCACUGGGCUUCGGAGCCAAGCUUCCCCCAGACGGACGGGUCUCUCACGAGUUUGCCCUGAACGGUAAUCCACAGAACCCAUACUGCAACGGUAUCGAGGGGGUGAUGGAGGCCUAUUACCAGAGCCUCAAAUCUGUGCGUCUCUACGGACCCACCCACUUCUCCCCUGUUAUUAACCAUGUGGCCAGGUACGCAUCAGCAGUGAUGGACGGCUCGCAGUACUUCAUCCUGCUCAUCAUCUCUGACGGCGUGAUCACAGACAUGGCACAGACCAAGGAGUCCAUAGUCAAUGCAGCGUCUCUGCCCAUGUCAAUUAUAAUAGUCGGGGUCGGACCAGCAGAAUUUGAUGAAAUGAUCGAGCUGGACGGGGACGAAGAGAGGAUUUCAUCCCAAGGACGAUACGCAGAGAGGGACAUUGUGCAGUUUGUUCCUUUCAGAGACUACAUCGACAGGCGAGGAAACCACAUCCUCAGCAUGGCUCGUCUGGCUAAAGAGGUACUAGCUGAAAUCCCCGACCAGUUCCUGUCCUACAUGAGGACCCGAGGGAUCAAACCCGGCCCCUUGCCACCUCCUUACACCCCCUGCCCUCCACCAGCUAUCCACCCCCUCCUCACCAGACGGGUAAGCCGAAUCUAAAUGCCAAGGCCUCACCCAAACGCCGGCCAGCCACCACUACUGGCCUCUGCUCUCUUCUCUCAGCUUCUUCUUCUCGCUACUCUUCACUGGAAGCUUCUGAGCACAUGGCGAACUUCGCCUGCUCUCUAAUGUUGCACUUUCGGGAAUGUUUGGCAGUGAACGGUGAUGCGGAUUCGGAUAACCCCCGAGUGAGAUGCUCCCACUUUUUAAAAGACGAUAGCUUUAGUGGACAAAGGUGGGGCUUUGGAAGGGUCGCGGUGGUGUGAGAUCACCUGACUGCACCGAGAGGAGUGAACACAACAUGAACUGACCAUUCACAGCUGUCAGGCUGAAAGGGUCCAAACUGGGGCGGCUCUUUUUGGACACACUCUUCAUCUGUUUGCUAUUUCUAUUUCCGCUUCCUCUAUCUUUCACAAAGUCAUGUUUCUUGAUAUAUAAAUGUUUACAAAAUUAAGGACUGGAGUGGAGAAGUUUUUCAGGAAGAAAUUUAUACCAAUAAAUGUGAAAACCUUUCAGAUUCCUAUUUUUUCGGCUUCAGAAACAGGGGGUUGUGACUUUGUAUAAAAACGGUUAGGCCCUGGUGCCACAUUCUUCAUUAUGGAGUGUAUAUGUUUUUUGUCUUUUGGUUUUUUUUUUUGUUUUUUUAAAUAAAUGGUGCAUGUGCUAGUUUAAGAGAAGCAUGCACUGUUGUCCUGUACUCAGGGCUUGGUCCCUCCCACACAGAUUUCCCAGCACCUCACCAUCACCACUGCCAUGUUCCAUUAUGAACAAACCCACCUGAAAUAUUCCCACGCUCCAAUCUUCUGCUCCAUCAGUCUGCCUUGACUCAAAAGGAAGCUGUGCUCCCUGGGAGUCUGGUCGAAUUAAAUGCAGCAGGGACUUAAACCAGCCUUACUCUUUUGUCAGACAACGUUCACUGGCACCGUGUCCACCGUGGGUUCUGGAAAUGUGGAUCUCCAAGCCCAGAAGUCAAAAACACACAUCUCACUACCGAACCUGACUGUGUGUUACGUUUUAGAGUCUUUUUUUUUCCAUGAAAUGAUGCUGUACUUCAGAAGCAUUUCCAUUUUGGUUUUGUUUUGCGUCUCUCUACCUCUCACUUUGUUAGUAUUGCCAAAAAAAUAAGUUGUUUAAAUAACAAGUGUUGAGUGAUAUUUGAUAAGUCUGUAGAGUUCACAGUUUUACCUUUCUCACUAAGAAUACAAAAUGUUUGCCAAACUGUAGGUUGAGAAUUAUAGCACUUUGGUUGCUAUCAGAUCAGGUGACUCACACCUUUGUGGUAGCAACACACUGUGAAUAUGUGCACAGAAAACAGUGAACAUCAGACAAAAAUGCAAACUUGUUCUUCUUUUAAUAACCAUCCGCAUGGAUCAAAGUGAUGACUGUGAAGGCAGAUUUUACUUCCGUGUUGUCCAACAGUAUUGUAACUAAAAGUACAAGCCAGUAAAAAUCAGUAAGCCCUAAGGUUGAGUAGCAUGUAGCUAACAUCUCCUAGAUAGAAUAUGCUACAGAAAACCUGUGUUUCAGUUUCAAACAUCCGUCUCCUUUAAUGCUUACUAUGUGGCUCUCUGUACUUUGUAGCCUGCUACUUGAUCAGUGGCAGCAGCUGCUCUCUGCUUAGCACAGCACUUCUAGUGGAUUCCACAGCCAGUCUUCUCUGUUUCAUCACCAGUUCUCCCCCAUUUCAGAGCAAUUUAAACAGGUUUCCAUUAGGUGUUGUGCUCACUGAUGGCUUUUCCACACAAAGGCGGUCAAAUGGAUUAACAAUAAGGGCGUCAUCUAUAGAAGAAUGAUCUUUAAAAUGGCGACAUGCAUGGCUGGAAUCAACACAGCUAUACCGCUCUCUGCAUAUUUUUUCUGACAAACCUGUUUUCUUCCCCAGUUUUACCUUUUUCAUUUGAGUAAAUAUUGAGUCCUACGAGCACACUUUGUUUAGAAUUUGAACAGUUAAGAAUAACCCUCUGAACCCAAGUACUUUUUAGGCAUUUUUAGCUCUUUUAGCUCUGUUUUACUCACUGUAGGUUUAUUUUUCACUGCAGUAAUAAUAAUAGUAAAUAAAUAAUGAAUAAAUUCCUGCACCUCUAUGGAAACAGCACAGCCAUGGCUAGAUUUAAAAAAGAUAUUGCCAUAAAUCACGAGAAAAAACAAAAAAAAGUCAAAGUCCUUUGAUUGGUUAUUUUACAAAAAAUGAAAGAAAAAAUGUCCAAAAAUGUUUUCACUUGCCAACCGUGUUAUAGUUACAUCUGUUUUUUAAGUGUCUCUAAAAGCUAUGGAUAUUUUACUACUUACAUUUGUAAUUUGUUUCCAUAGUUGUCUCCUGUCUACUCUGUGUAAGCACAGCCUGUAGUUCAACCCAGUUUAGCCAAAAAGUCUUUUUGUAACAUGACUAUUGGUUGCAGCUGAGUGGCUACUGGCUUCUUACUUGCACCAAGGAGCAUGUUUUUUUUGUUUUUACAGAAGCUAGUCAGUAACCACUGCUCAUUUAUGGCAAUUUUUAUAUGAAACAUGGACAACACAGUGGUUUUGAUGAAAUAUCACAGCUUAGAUUUGGUAAAUUUUUGUGAUAGACCUGUACAUUACAUGUAAUCAUUUCAAUUUUCAAGUUUAAAAAAGUUUUUUUCUGAUUUUACAAUCCUUGGCAAUUAUUGAGAUAGAAUCAAAACCCAUCCACAAUGCUGAUGAAAAAACAUCAAUUUUUUCCCAUAAUGUUACCCCUGACUUUUAAAAAUUACUGAUGCAUAAAUAAAAUAAAUCAUUAGUCAUUGCUUCGAGCAAAAUGCCUUCUGUCCCAUCAGCAACCAUCUGUCACUGCCAGCUACAGUUGUUGGUGUUUGGGUUAGGGUUAGAAGAAAAGAAAAGAAAAGUUUCUGUGGAAAAAUUUAAACUCUAAAAGUAGAUUACCAUUAUAAUCCAUUGUGACUGCUUUGAGUCCAAGCUAAGUGCAGCUGCUGCCGUCUUCAAAGAAGUAAGCUGCAGUCAGUGCAGUGGUGAGUAUUUGAUAAUCAGAGCCCAGUUUUUCAGGUAAUUGCACUUUUGUCACUUUUAGACAAAUUUUGGCCUGCUGUGACGCCCACUGAUGGGCAAAUUAAAACUUUACAGCGGAACUUUUAGCAAAGCACAAACCAUUUCCUAUCAGACAAGCAUCAGUCAUCGUAUCCAGAGGUCCCUGGUAAUUCAUGUCAGUGUGUGAAGAUCAAACUCUGUGUCUGUGUACUGCAUACUGUAGAUUUUAUCUGAAUUUUUAGGGCCCUAUUCAGUCAAGAAUUCAAAACAAAGAAAGGUUUACAACAUUUUUCUAAACUCACAACUUAAAAUCAUGAUACCCUUCUUGGCUGAUGAUGCUUAAUUAAAACGUCUACUUAUAAACUGCUUGUAAAACGUUUUCAUAGACGUUUAUACACUGUACAAAUUUUUUGCCUUUUUUGUGUAUUGGUCAGUAUACUGUACAUGUGAUGCUGCUUCUUUACUGCUCAUAUAAAUAUGUCAUUUUAUACUAAGGCCUGUAAUCAUAUUUAAAUCAUGACUAACAGGCCUUAUUAAUGUUUAUACAUCAGUUAUUCAUAUUUAAAUCAUGAACGACAGGCCUGUAUUUUUUUAUAAGCUCAUGGUUAGAUAAUGAUGUAUGUGACGUGAGUGCAAGACAUUUAAAAGUAGACUUUUUCAUCAAAUACACUCUGUAGCAACAUUUUUCUUCCAAAUUUGACAAACCGAUAGUGUAGCUUCUCAUCCCAGAAAACUUGUUAUUCAGUUUGGCUGAAUAGGGUCCCUCCAUGUGAGGAGAAUUGGUCAGAUAGAUUUUGUACUCUUCUAUAUAGUCGUUUAAUGGCGGGACCCCAUACAACAGUAGGGAUGUCCAAUUGCACAAUGUAGCAAUGGUCUCCAGGCUGGUAUGAGACAGAGCAACACCAGACUGGACCAGAAGACCAGGAACAGUCUUUUUAUAUGUACUUGUAAAUAUUUGUUCUGCAUAUACCAUACUUAUGUUUUCUGGAGAUCUGACUUACGGCAAACUGCCGGGACUUUGUGACUUUGCUCCUGAAACACAAGGCAGGGCCUUUCAUUUAUUUAUCACGACAAGAUGUCAGCUUCAUCUCACACCCACACUCUAGUAUAUACUGUACAUUGCGUACAUGUAUUUGUAUAUGAAACAUGCAUGGCACUUACAUAACAGCGAUGGUUGUGUGAAGACUAAGGGUUUCUUGCUUGUUUCUUCAGAGAAACAGUGUUUUUAUGUCCCAGAUGUCAAACAGUUGUGGGAAUUUAGAUUUAAUUUGCAUAUUACAUUUUCAAAAACUUUGCAGAAAAAUGAAUUUGAAACAUGAAAAUUUGUGAUUUUGUUUUUUUUUUCUAUCUGAAGAUUCGUCAUAAUACACCACAGUGAUAGACACUCAUAAUAUAUAAAUUAUUUCAGUUUCAGUGUGGAAAUAGUCAAAAAUGUAUGGGAUCUUUUGAAAUGAAUCCACCAAAAACACUUGGCUCUCGUACUUCAGUAUUCUCUCCAAUUAAGCAAUAAAACCAAAAAUGGAAGAUUCUUGGCACAGUAUUGAAACUAGCUUACCAUUUGUUAAACCCCUCAUACUGUUGCUAUACCCACUAAGUCUUCUGUUCUUUUACAGCACAAGCACUAUACUGUAUAGUUAACAUUGAUAGCCAUUUUCCAAACAGUUGAUUUCAGUGAAAACUAAACACAAGUAGUCUUCUCAUUUCUACCUGAAAGCCACUGAUUUUACCAACUGAAAAGAUAACUGCCUGUAGCGGCUACAGUCUUCUAAAAGGGGUGUUCAGUAUUUUUACGAUGGCAAUCAGUGACAUAAUUCUAGAUAUCUCAACACAUCCCCAACAAAGUCAGCAUUAUUUGCUAUGUGGGAUGAAGAGAAACCUAACAAGAAAAGCACUUAGAAAGCGCAGUACUCAGCCACUCUGCUCAGUCAUUGUAUGAUUCCUGAUGGAUGAAAUCUUUAAAAAAUUUGUAGUGGAUUUGUAGUAAGAUCACAAUCAUGUGAUCGUCAGCAGGCAGCUGACGUAGUGUUCACUUGUUGUCAUAGUUACAGUGAUGCCAUGCCGCUAUCUCACAAUGAUACAGACAUCUUUAACAAAUCCGUGGAUCCAGACUAUAAGCUGCAUCACUGCCAAAAUAUAAUCAAUUGGUCCUUGUGUCAUUUCUGACCUUCCCUGAAAAUUUUGUCCGAUUCCGUUCCGUCCAUUUUUGAGUAAUGUUGCGGACAGACAAACAGACAAAGCAACGCUGAGUGUCACAUAACUUUGGCACGUUCCUUGGCAGAGUACAUAUACAAAUCUCCUGUUUGGAGGUUAAGAUGCUUAUUCAUAUUUUCAAAAAGUAUAUUUUCAGUUAACACUCCAAAAGUAAUGCUCAGGCCUAUUAUGUGUUUGACAGGUGUAUUAGUAUCUCAAGUAAAGUUUUACGCUCUACUUCCAUGUGUGUAAGUUAGGGGUCGACAGAUAUGCUUUUUCAGGGCAGAUUCUGAUGCAGAUUAGUCCAACAACCGACACUGGGUAAAGAUAUACAUUAGUAGUAAAAUAUAAAGAUCUUUCUGUCAAAAUUUAGAAUAACACAAACCCCAACACAAAAUAAUCUUGAAGCAUCUUUUUAUAUUUAUGUCAUUAUUGAAAAAGACCUUUUCAGCAUUUGUCCUUCAGUGAUAUAGGCUAUUACUUGUGGCUUUUUAGCGAUCAGAUAGAGCUGUGUGGGACAUUGAUCAAGACCCCAGAGUGAUUACAGAUAGAGGGAGGAAGCUGCAUCACAGCCAAAAGCAGCACAUUUUUUAAUUGUUUUAUCAGGAGCCAGUUUUUUAAAAAUGCACUUAAUUGUAAAAAUGCUGAACAUUGGACCCAGUAAUUCGUCUGCUGAUAGCGUUAACUCCCCCAAAGGUUGAUUGGUUGGUUAGAUGAAGGUCUAAGUUCCUCACUUUUGCUCUUGUAUUUUGAAAGUUUGGAAAAAACAGAAUUCCUCCCGACCCCUAAAAUCUUCAGUACUACUCUCUCACUUCUCUACAUGUGGAAAAAUCCAAAGCUUGAUGUUCGUAGUUAUGGUUACUAAACUAUUGUUAGACUAUCACUGCUUGAGGGAGGGGUUCAGCAAGUGGUUAAUUAAUUUUUAAUUUGCCAAAAUGUUUUAAACAUCAAAAAACAGGUCAGCAUCAAGAAACCCUGUCGACCGAUGCUACAUCACAUGUUGAAUUGACUCCCAUAUUAUUCUAUACUGUGCGGUACAGAUAUGAAAUUAUGCAGAGCUUCUGUUUGGGAUGCAUAGCUUUGCCCUCAGGAUGAGGAAACAAAAAAUGCUUGUAAAGGAAUCCAGCGGAAUUUGAAAUCUUGACAAACCGACCACUGUUUCUCUGAGGCUAUACCAGUGUGGGAGUUACAAUCAAAAGCAUUUAUUGUGUAGGAGACAACAAAGAGAGAAGAAACCCUGCGGCACUGGUGGACAAACCAGCUUUAAUGAAGCAGGUUACACCUCGCUGCCUCCCGCUGCUCAUCGCUGCCUCCAUGUCACUCUGCCAACGCGCAGUAUGUCAGCAUGCUAGGCCAUAUGAACACCCAUGUAAUCUUCACACAUAAAAUGAACGCUGUUUACUGUAAAAUAUAUCGAUAAAGUGGUUUAACUGAAUGCUUGUGAUGAAUAUCCUGUUUUAUCCUGAUGUUUUAUUUAUAGCAUGCAUUAAGUUUGCAUGUGUAGUUUUUUUUUUCCUAACAGAAAUGCACUAGUGGUUUGAAACAAAUAAUUAUUGUGCAAUGACAUCUUUGCGUGUUACUUACAGAGUAUUUUAGAGAACUGUUUUGCCUUAAAAAUCUCACUGGUCAAUCUUGGAAUUGUGCAAUGCCUUCAGAUGUUUGUUAUGAAGACUGACUUUUCAUUGUUGAUGUGUUAUUUUGGUUUUUGCUUUUUUUGUUGUUUUUUUUGCUACAUUUAUGCACAGCCACUUCUCUGUCAGACUCAUUUCAGCAUUGCUCUCUCAGACUCAGUGGCUGAAGUGAUGUGAAUAAGAGGGAGAGUAAAUCAAACAGAAAAAAACUGGGCUGUCUCGCUCUCAGAGGACAGAAUCGUUCAGCCAGGAAUAAUGCUGUCCAGAAUCAUACAGCCAUGUUUAAACAGAUCUGUAGUUGAUAACAAACUGAAAUCAUUCAUCUGCCCGAAUUCAUUAACCUGUUAUUUUGUCAUAAGGGUGAUUUGCUGCUGCAUGAUGCUUGUAAUUACACUAAAUAUCAGUCAAAAAUGAUUUGUCCAUUGCUACAUACUGUUACUUAAAAUCAGUUCUUGAGGUUAGAGAUCCUCCAAGACAGCACAAGUUUUACUGUUCUAACAGGAAAUAUAGAAGCCACAAUAGGUCGACUGAUUUAAAAUGACUAUUUCUGUAAGAAUUGAAGUCUUUAAAUAAAUAUUCCUAUCAAA